AUGGAGUACCUUCCUAGUCUUCAACAGGAGUUCGAUGAGCAUAAGCCUUCGCUCUUCGAACUCCUCGCUGAGCAACAGCUUUCCGAUCUCCUUCCUCCAUCUUUGCGUUAUCUUCUCGCAGUCGCAACACACCGCCACCCGCGCUACCUCCUCCGGAUCCUCAAUUCAUACGACGAAGUCUACGCCCUCCUUUCAUUAAUAGUCGAACUUUACUACUUGCGAACAUUCGGCGGUUCCUUCACAGAAAACUUCUAUUCCCUGAAACGCGAGCGCGUUCUGCGCACCAAGAAUGGCGAGAUCCCGCGCGCCCAGGUCGGCGCCGCAGGCCCCGUCCGCGAGGCCCUCAAGCUACACUCGACGGACAUCUGGAAGAACUUGUUCGUCAUGGUUGGCAUUCCUUACAUCAAACGCAGGUUAGACGAAGGAUAUGACAUUCAUGUCGCGCCACAUGCCUCCUUGGUCACCAGCGGCCCACGAUAUAACCCUAGCGACGACCUCCCGGCCAACCCGUCGCUGCGCCAGCGCCUGUUCUUCUACUACAAGUGGUUUUUGCGCAACGUCUACCCAUCCGUGAAUGCGGCAUACUAUUUCUCCGUUCUGGCGUUCAACCUCGCCUACCUCUUCGACAACACAAAGUACUCCUCUCCGUUCCUGUGGCUUAUCGGAACACGCAUCCGCCGCCUCGGCACCGCAGACCACCGUGCCAUCGCCGCAGUGCUAGACCCCAAGCCCGGCCCCAGCACCGGGCGAUCUCAGAGACCCGGUGGAGGUCUGCUGGGUCUCCUUAGUCCCCAGAACCUUCAUACUCAACUCUUGGGCUCGCUGCGCUACUUCCUUCCCGCGUCGAUCUUUGCCCUCAAGUUCCUAGAAUGGUGGCAUGCAAGUGACUUCUCUCGCCAACUGGCGCGUAAGGCAACCGAGGUCCUGGAUCUGCCCGCACCUGUCGUGGCAGGCUUGACUUCUCCCGCGGAACGACGGAAAUCGUCAAUCCAAGACGAGAAAGAAAAGGCCAAGAAGCAGGCCGAGCAGGAGAAGAAGAGCGGUGCCGGUGAUCUUAAACCCGCCCUCAAGCCUCCUCGUCGCCACCAACCUCCCAUCUCCGCGACUUCUUACCUUCCUAUCUACACGGUAUCAUUGCCUCCGGCUGAUGCCUCGAGCGCCAACACUUGCCCCGUCUGCAUGGGUGCGCUCGUUAACCCGACUGCUUGCCAGACGGGAUACGUGUUCUGCUAUGUGUGCAUCUUCCACUGGCUGAACGGUGAGCACCAGCGCCAACUCGAUUUCAUGACCGGCGAGGGCGCUGGCGCACCGUGGGAAGAGGAAAUCACAGGCGACGAUGAAGAGACGAAGAAGAGCCACAGUGAAGAUAAUGCCGAAGAAGGCCCCCGCAAACGAUCUGGUAAAUGGGAGAGUGGCAAGGGGAGGUGUCCCGUCACAGGGAGGAGAGUGCUUGGAGGCACUGAUGGAUUGAGGAGGGUGUUGGUUUGA